UACCCUUAAUAUCUCCCCUUCUUUUCACUGUUUGAUCUUAGGCCGAUAAUGAGAAGCAAUGUGGGUCUCAUUGCUCCAUGGUUCCCACCAAUGAAACCUUUGGGCUUGUUGGACUUUUUUUUUUCCCUCUUUGGAAAAGAUUCCCUGCUUUCACGAGGAUUUGAUGUAGGUGUCCCCCAGAGUUUUCGCUGGUCGAUUUCUCGACAGUGGUUGCAGCCAUUGCACCAGAACCAUUUGUUUUGGUGGUUGUCAUAGCUGUUAUGUCAGCUUUGGCUCAUUCUUUUGCUAACGUUUGGCCUGUCUCCCUGGAGGUCUUCAACGUCUUUUAUUUUUUUCUUUUUCUAGGGAAAGGGGGUGGUGGCAUGACCUCCCCUAAAGGCGUGUAUGUCGUUUGACCAAUUACAGUGGCUCAGUUUCCACCGGAGCUUUCUCCCCCUCUUGGUUUUGUGUGAAAAGAUGGAGCAGCAACGAAGCUUAUCGGGGUCGUCGCAGAGCCCCAGAUCUCCGUCGUCACAACCGUAUCUAUCAGUUUCCGUGACGGAUCCCGUUAAAUUAGGCAAUGGCGUCCAAGCUUACAUAUCCUAUCGUGUCAUCACCAAGACCAAUUUCCCUGAAUACCAAGGCCCGGAGAAGAUUGUUAUUAGGCGUUACAGUGACUUUAUUUGGUUACGCGAUCGCCUUUUCGAAAAGUACAAAGGCAUAUUCAUUCCUCCUCUUCCCGAGAAGAGUGCUGUAGAGAAAUUUCGGUUUAGUGCUGAAUUUAUUGAAAUGAGACGCCAAGCAUUGGAUAUAUUUGUUAAUAGGAUUGCUUCCCAUAAUUUGCUUCAACAGAGUGAAGAUCUUAGAACUUUUUUGCAGGCAGAUGAAGAGACAAUGGAGAGACUGAGAUCUCACGAGACUGGUAUUUUUAAGAAGAAGCCAGCUGAUUUGAUGCAAAUGUUUAAGGAUGUACAGUCUAAGGUGAGUGAUGUUGUUCUUGGAAAGGAAAAACCUGUUGAAGAGUCAAAUCCUGAAUAUGAGAAACUUAAACAGUAUGUUUUUGAGCUUGAAAAUCAUUUGGCUGAAGCUCAGAAGCAUGCUUAUCGUCUUGUAAAGAGACACAGAGAGUUGGGGCAAUCACUAUCUGAUUUUGGUAAGGCAGCCAAGCUUCUUGGUGCUUGUGAAGGACAAGUCCUUGGGAAGGCAUUUUCUGAUCUUGGGGCCAAAUCUGAGGUGCUAUCGGCUAAGCUGCAGAAGGAGGCCCAUCAACUCUUGAUGAGUUUUGAAGAACCCUUGAAGGAUUACGUUCGUGCUGUCCAGUCCAUAAAGGCCACAAUAGGAGAGAGAGCGAAUGCUUUCAGGCAACAGUGUGAACUGGCUGAAACAAUGAAGUUGAAGGAGAUAAAUCUUGACAAGCUCAUGCUAACACGCUCUGAUAGGGUGGGAGAAGCCGAGCAUGAGUACAAGGAGUUGAAGGCAGCAAGUGAGGAGGCGACAAGAAGAUUUGAGACAAUCGUCCAACUGAUGAAUGAAGAGAUUGUACGUUUCCAGGAACAGAAAACUCAAGACAUGGGGAUUGCUUUUCAUGAAUUUGCAAAGGGACAGGCCCGACUGGCAAAUAGUGUUGCAGAUGCCUGGCGGAGUCUCCUUCCUAAGCUUGAAGCCUGCUCGUCUGUGUAAUAAUGAAGGUGGAGUUAUUAUCAUUGAACUUAUUCCUCAUCCUGGGUGGUGGGUAGAUUUGAGGAAUGGCAGAGUAGCUUUUGCUAUGUAAAGCACGAGUAUGAGGAGCUAGAUCUGCCAUUUUAUGUUGUACCUGUUAUGGUACGGUUUGACUCGGUUCUGCUUGCACACAUUUUAAACUGAAAGAAAAGUUAACGUUACAGAGCAAAACUGAGAGAAAACAAUAACUUUCACGUGUAUUUCAUCCUCCAAUUCUUAACCCUUUUUUAUUUGAACUGGAUUGUUCUUCAUUUGUAAUUUGUAAAUGAGAUUGUGCUUGCAAAGGUAUUGUUAAAGAAAUCGGACUGGUUGUGCUGUUUGUCUAGUGAAACAUUAUCUGUAAAAACUGAAUGAAAUUACUUUGUCUAGUGAAAGAUAGGAACACUAUGGUAUCAUUUCUCUCA